AUGCCAGACAACCAUAGAGUAAGACCGCUCUUACAGUUGCUUUGCAUGGACGAUCCUUCAGCUUUAAUGGAAUUCGGUCCUGACGCCACAAAUCGCGCCUGGUUUUGUCCAUUUGCCUCGAGAAGCCAAGCCUACCUCAGAGAAAAUGUGGACUUAUCCGCCAAAGCACCCACUAUCGGUGCUCCUCGUCACGUGCACAUACCCGUUGCCAGCGCCUGCUUGCUGGAAUCGCCCAGUCGCGACGGGUUGAUACUCACUCGGCGGCCACGGCACAUGCGUUCGUAUCCAGGACAGUGGGUCCCUCCUGGUGGACACUGCGACCCUGGUGAGCCUAUUCAGCUCACGGCCGUACGUGAACUGUGUGAAGAAUUGGGUUUGGAGUCUGACAGCGUUCUAGUUAAUCAAUGGAAAGAACGCGCUUCGACACUGCUUCACCCACUGUGUGCUUGGGAAGCGGCCUAUCCUUCGCUCACAACGCCGAAAUCCCAUCAUUUGGUGAUUUAUUAUGCAGUUAUGUGGCCGCAAUUGGACCAUCCUCAAAGCAAAACUUCCGAUCCCGGUCUCCCCCAGCUGAACAUUCAAGAAGAUGAGGUGUCGUCUGCCGUUUGUCUCCCGAUUUCAGUUCUUCAGUCUUUGGUUAACGAUUGGACAGAGUUUGAGCAAUACUGUCGUCGUUCGUGUACUAGUGUUGCCGACCUCUUAUCGCUCUCUGCUCCGCUACCCGGUACUCUUGCCGUGAAUAGCCUGACGACACAUGUCUGGUUGUGGACUGCGGAGGAGAAAUGCUGGCGACUUGAACAACUUAACCGAUUGAUCUGUGGUCUCACAAGCAGUCCACGUGUCGUACACUGUCGUGGAGGCGAGGAAACCGGACCGUCGUGUGUAUCCACCGGCACCUUGUAUGCCAUUUCACGAUGGUUAGCUUGGCGUGAUUAUACUGUUGUGCAGAACCGAUGAACUCUUGUCUAACUUAUUUUUCUCUAUCAUCUAGCUGGUUCAAAUCGCUGUAUUUUGUCACAUGAUUUCUUACCUGCAGCCCGGAUUUUUUCGUUUCAGUUCUGUUGACAGCGGCGUUUCGCGCGAUGGCUUCAGGAAAGGGGCGUCAUAAAUGUCGCCAUUCAGUUUAUUAAGUCUAUCGGGACUGAACACACAAUAAAACUAUUUCCAAAA